GCUCAAUAUGUUCCAUUUCUGAAUCAGAGUGAACGAAAGGAAAAAAUUUGUAGAAACGUUGAAAGGCGCUGUCCGCAAAUUCGUGUAAUUUCUUACAUUUAUAGUAACUAAGUUUAAUAAAACCAUAUAACUAGUUGCUUAAUGUAUUUUCCUAAACAUAUUUGGUGAAAUUUGUUAAAUUUUCGCAUAGUAUCGUCUUUGAAAGCGAAUUGAAAAGGUUAAAAAUUGUGCUAACGCGGAGAAAAAUGCGAAGAAAUUUUAACGGGAAGAAAAAGGUGUCCAGAGUUGCUCGGUCUACUUCGCAGCAUUGUUGUUGCUGUCGUUAGCGACGUCGGUAGCAGAGGUUGUGUCUUUCGAUUUUGUCGAGAGUGUAAAGGAUUUUGUGAAAAUAUAAGAUAUUGAAAUCUGUAUAAUUAUUAGACGGUUGCUAAACUAAUACAAUUGUAUAGCUGUGUCGCAAACAAAUAAAAGAAAAUCUGUAUAAAAACCUAAAGCCCUAAAGUGUGGAAUCAAAAAUUUUUGGUUUAUAUCAAAAAUGAAUUAACGUCGCCAGCAGCGCCGUUUAACGUUUCGCUCGGGCGUUUUGACAUUUGAUGACAUUUGCGCAGCAAAAGCGAGCGGUUGAGUAUUUGCUCAAAGUGUGUAGUGGUUGAAGUGAAGCGCCCAACGAGGAAUCGGCGAAAAGGAGAAAAUCAAUCGUUUUCUUUGGCAAACAGUGAUGUACUAUCGUAAUGGUUUCCCUUUCCCUAUUUAGCUGAAAAGUAUAACGAUAUCUUGCACUUCUCCCAUAUUAUAAUGUUUACAAUGUCGGCAAUGAAGUUGUGUUGACAUUGUGCGUGACAAAUUAGAAAAUAUCAAAAAGGACACACGGACCGCUGAAGUCUAAUACCACCAAAUAAUCGUGUGUCCGAGAAGGGGCAGAAUUGACAAACAAUUCUAUAUGUUUUAGGAGGCAAAGGAACAUUGCACAUAAACUAGACAUAACAAAAACAUUACUUAAUCAAUACAAUAAUAAUUUAGUAUAAAGCUUCAAUAGAACUGCAUUCAAUGUGCCAUUUCAUCUGGAGAUAAGAUGCUUAAGUAAAGUAUUAUAUACCAAAAACAUAAAAGAAAAGAAAAGGAUACGCAACAGAAGAAUUCCCUCCACUUACUCGCGUCAAACAACAAAACUAUUACAGAAGCAGUUAUCUAAAUAAUUGCAUUCGCACCACUUUAAGAUAAUCUCUGUCUCGCUUAACAUACUUAUCCCUAACUAAAGCUUACAGUUUUGCAUACAAUAAUCAAAGUUGGUUAAAAAUUACUCUCCAGAACUCGAAUUUAUAAGUUUUAUAAAAUUUGAGCGCGUUACAAACAAAAAGUCAACGAAUGAUAGUCCAUCUAACAGAAUUUGUGGUGAUUAUUGGAUAGCUACAUGUUUGUAAAAUCACAGCAUUAACAACAUAAAACAGUAAGACAUUGCUCUAUAAUAACACAACUGUUUAGAGAAAUACAACCAGUAUAAGAAAUCCCCAAACCCUGAAACGUUUCUUUAAAAUUUCUUGGAUAAAGGAAAUAAGCGCAGCAGAAGAACAUAAGCAGGAAGAAUAACUGGAAAUAAAUACAAAGCAAGAAAAUGUCAUCGGGAACAUUUGUUGAUCGAAUUGAUCCAUUCGCUAAACGCUCACUGAAGAAGAAAAGUAAAAAAAGUCAGGGUUCCUCGCGUUACAGAAAUUCUCAGGAUGUGGAGCUUCAACAAUUGCCGCCGUUAAAAGCCGAUUGCUCGAGUUUGGAACAAGAAGAGUUAUUCAUUCGUAAAUUACGUCAGUGCUGUGUAUCUUUUGAUUUUAUGGAUCCAGUAACGGAUUUAAAAGGGAAAGAAAUAAAGAGAGCUGCUCUAAAUGACCUCUCCAAUUAUAUAACACAUGGCAGGGGAGUGCUCACGGAACCUGUGUAUCCAGAAAUUAUACGAAUGAUUUCAUGUAACUUGUUCCGCACACUGCCUCCCAGUGAAAACCCCGAUUUUGAUCCUGAAGAAGAUGAUCCGACAUUAGAAGCUUCAUGGCCACAUUUGCAGUUAGUUUACGAAGUAUUCCUGCGUUUUUUGGAAUCGCAGGACUUUCAAGCGACCAUAGGCAAACGUGUAAUUGACCAGAAAUUCGUUUUACAGCUUUUGGAGCUCUUCGAUUCUGAGGAUCCACGUGAACGUGAUUUUUUGAAAACCGUUUUACAUCGCAUCUAUGGAAAAUUCUUAGGAUUACGCGCUUUUAUACGAAAACAAAUUAAUAAUAUUUUUUUGCGUUUUAUUUACGAAACAGAGCAUUUCAAUGGCGUCGGCGAAUUACUGGAGAUAUUGGGCAGUAUCAUUAAUGGUUUUGCCUUGCCUCUGAAGGCCGAACAUAAGCAGUUUCUGGUGAAGGUGCUAUUGCCGCUGCACAAAGUGAAAUGCCUUGGGUUGUAUCACGCUCAACUGGCUUAUUGCAUCGUUCAGUUUCUGGAAAAGGAUCCAUACCUGACUGAACCGGUGGUUCGAGGACUAUUAAAGUUUUGGCCAAAAACAUGCUCGCAAAAGGAGGUUAUGUUUUUGGGAGAAAUCGAGGAAAUUUUGGAUGUCAUUGAUCCGCCACAAUUUGUGAAGAUACAGGAACCAUUGUUUCGUCAGAUCGCCAAAUGUGUGUCAAGUCCGCAUUUUCAAGUUGCCGAGCGUGCACUUUUCCUUUGGAAUAAUGAAUAUGCAAUGUCGUUGAUAGAGGAGAAUAACGCCGUCAUUAUGCCGAUUAUGUUUCCGGCACUGUACAGAAUUAGUAAAGAACACUGGAAUCAGACGAUCGUUGCCUUGGUUUACAACGUGCUAAAGACAUUUAUGGAAAUGAACUCAAAGCUCUUUGAUGAACUAACCGCUAGCUAUAAAGCUGAGCGACAAAAAGAGAAGAAGCGCGAGCGUGAUCGUGAAGAAUUGUGGAAAAAAUUACAUGAACUUGAGAUAAAUCGUGCAAAAAGCGGCAGUGCCGCUGGCACAUCAGCGGCUAAUGCGGUGCUAGGAGCUGGUGUUAGUGGCGGCAGUGCCGCCGGCUCACAACAAAUCAUCAACUCUUAUCAACAACAACAACAAUCGAAUGCUAACAUUGUAAACAGUGGAAGCGGUGGUGGCUCCGGUGACAACAAUCCUGCCUUACUUAGCGGCGGUGCACAAAGUGGCGGGACCUCAGUAAACGCCAGCGGUACGAAUGCGUUUGCCAAAGUCAAAGGCGACAAAGCAGAUAACUAAACUAUGAGGCGAACAAUGGGAUGGAUACAAAAUAAAACAAAAAACAAACAAAGUAAAAGCAAAGCAAAUAAACUUAAUAAUAUAACUUAGCGGAGUUCAAAAAACAUGAAGGAAAAUAUUGGUGUUGUGUAAGUCAGAAAAGAGCUUGGCAUUUUUUGUGCAUCUAUAACUUAGUGUAAGCCGCAAAAAACAAAGGAGCAUAUUAUUAAGUGAACUUGAAGUCCCUAUCGAAAAAAUAUAAACAAACAAAAAUUACAAAAACAUAACAACAGCACUACACCAACAUGAUCAAAAUGAAAGCGUUUCACCAACACCGGCAUCAUUAUAAUAAGAUCAGAAACUAGAAGUAGAAGCUAAAUGUUGAUAAUAGACGCAGAUGCCGGCGCAAAUAAUGUACACCACAAUGUGGAUGAAAAGCAGCACACAUACAACUGGGAUCGUGGUAUUACAUAAACAAAAGAAAAACGUAUGAAAAGCAUAAUUAAUAUUAUAUUAUGAAUAUAAAAAUACCUAUUAUUUUACGAUUAAAAAAAAAAGAAAUACUAAAUAAAAUAAUUAAUACAAGUAUAUGAGGAGGAUGAAAAUGCAAAUAAAAAUAGUGAAGAAAUGCUAGAAACUAUAAUCUAACUGUAGAACAGCAAGUCUUUCUCCUUAAAACGAUACUACUUAUACUUGUUCUAUACAACUAACGAGAACAUUUCGUGCUAUUCAUUCUAAUUCUACCAUCUUGCUAGUUAGACAACUUAGAUGCAACUGUAGCGAGCGUACUGCAAUUCAUAUGCUUUUUCACAACAAACUUUUCGUUUGAACUAAACAAUUUCUGUAGGUUUCAAUAGUAAACGUAACACGAAAAUAUUCUUUAUAUGUAGGUUGAGUAGUAAAACCAGAAUUCUUUUAUUGUUUUCUUUAUGAUUUCUUUAAGAGUGUUAAUCUUAAUUUCCUCAACGGUUUCUGUGCAAAAUAUAGUAUAUCGCUUGGAUAUAUUCGUAUGUGUAAACUUAAGUUCUUUAACAAAAUAAAUUAUAGGGAUAUUUAUUAAGCAAAAAGAAAAAAAUGGGAUUAUUUUUUAUUGAAAGAUUCAACAUAAUCAAAUCAACACGCAUUAUUUAAACGAAAACCAAACCAAAUGCGUAAUAAACAGUAUAAAAACAAAUUGAACGAAACAUUGUGUAAACCCGCAAUAAAAGUAUUAAAAACGUUUGUUAUUUCGAAAAUUCAUAAAGCAUACAAGCACAUAAAGUAAAGUAAAAGCAUACACAUUGCGAGCAAUUGUGAUUUUAUGUGACCGAGAUUCCAGUUGCUGCGUACAUCUGCUAUAGAAAUCAACGUAAAAAAUAUUCCAUACGCGAAAAAUGCUUAUACCGUUAAAAAAAAAUAGAUCAAUAAAGGUAUAUAUUCUAAUAUACAUACAUAUGCGAAAAAAACAGUGUCUAGUUGACAACUGAUAUUGUGUGUAUGAGUGCAAUAGAUUUGGUAAGGCCUAAUGCAAAACUUAUCUGUAUGUAAAAAUGAAAACAAUUACAAAAUAUACAUACAUCUAACAGUGCUAUAUUUCUCACGUUCAUGCAUAU